UAUAAAGUCUGAGAGUAUGUUUUUUGUCCAUGUUUGGUGUGGGUGUGAUCUGCCUGUGGGUUGACAUCAGAUUUGUGAUGAAUGGUCUGCUUGGUGAUGACAUGCACACAACAUUAAAUGCUCUUUUCCGCAGGGAGUUUGCGAUUUGGCAUCCACACAGUGAUUAUUUCCUGCAACAACUCCCACACGAUCCACUUAAAGACUUUGAUAGAUAGACAGAUAGUUGAGUUAGCUAACACAAAACUACAAAUUCUAUUUGCAGCUUUAAGGAGGGUAUUAUACAAAGACACCAUAGCAAAUAAUUAACAUAGCAACUGAGGAUAAAAGUAGUAACUGUCAUAAUGCAAUAAGGAUAAAACUGUAAAGGUGCACAUAAUAGUAAAAUAACAAUGGUAAUAUAAAAAAACAUUGCUUUAACAUGAGCUAAUUGAACUAUAAAAAGCAUAAAAAAGUCAUGCUGGUUUAACACAUUUUUACGUAAAGGGGAUAGACUAAGUUCUGUCAUAUAUAAGACAUCUGUAUUUUAAACAUAGUACUGUAUUGUCUAAUAUAAAAAUACAAUUAUACUUCAAUUCUAAAUUAAAAGUCUUAUUGUAUUAAAAUAGAAUAUUUGCCAAAAUACAAAAUUGUACCUCAAUUAUUCUUGAAUAUUAGUAUAUAAGUAAUGUAUAUGAACAUACCAAUUUAAAAUGAUAUUGCAAUAUGUAAUUUAUAUCAAAUGAGACUUUUUGUCUAUUUGAAUGCCACUGAUUGCUUUCCCCAGCAGCUCUCCUUCAUUGGUUAGAUUUGAUGAGGGUGGGGUCUCAUUUAAGAGAUAUUGACGUCGCCCACUGGAGUCGUGCUCUCUGUAUGUGCGACCACUUGCAGAAUGAGGUGUUGAGGAUGGUUUUGGAGUUUAUUCUUUCUUGCUUGAUAGCAUCAUGUUCUCAGGAACAGACACCACAUGCUAUUUAUUUGAAGUCUGUUUAAGCUUUGUGAUAGUAUUCUAGUAUCCUCAGCCUAAAAGUAAGCACCUUCAACAAGUAGCACCACCAUGGCCCCCGCGCCUUGACGCGCUGCCGUUGCGCGCACACUUUGGUGGGGUUUUUUUUGUGACCCGUCGGUACUCUUUGGUGGUGGUGCUGGUGGUGUGUAGUAUGAAGAAGCAUGGCUUGGUGUGAGCGAGGGGUUCAGACGCUGUUGGCCACCGUGGGGGCUUUCGCCGCCUUCAGUCUCAUGAGCAUCGCUAUCGGGACGGACUACUGGCUCUACUCGCGGGCGUACAUCUGCAACGGAACCAACGCCACCUCGGACGAGACGCAGCCGCAGCCCAGAAGCAAAAAGGGGGACCUGACGCACUCUGGACUGUGGAGAAUCUGCUGUAUUGAGGGCAUCAAUCAAGGCAGCUGUUACAGAAUCAACCAUUUCCCCGACGACAACGAUUACGACACAGACAGCUCAGAAUACCUGCUGCGUAUAGUGCGAGCCUCCAGCGUGUUCCCCAUCCUCAGCACGGUUCUGUUGAUGCUGGGCGGCUUGUGCGUAGGAGCGGGCCGAGUCUACAGCAAGACAAACAACGUCCUCCUCAGCGCAGGCAUUCUCUUUGUAGCUGCAGGUUUGAGCAACAUCAUCGGAAUCAUUGUGUACAUCUCGAGCAACGCAGGAGACCCCAAUGACAAGCGGGACGAUGACAAGAAGUAUACAUACUCCUACGGCUGGUCCUUCUACUUUGGCGCCCUCUCCUUCAUCGUGGCCGAAACGGUGGCCGUCCUCGCCAUCAACAUCUACAUUGAGAAAAACAAGGAAGUCCGCUGGAGGGCCCGACGCGAGUUCAUCCGUUCCCUCUCGUCUUCGUCCCCAUAUUCAAGGAUACCGAGCUUCCGCUACCGCCGGCGGACGUCGCAGACCAGCUCUCAUUCCACAGAGGCGUCGCGGGAGAACUCGCCCGGUCUGAAGGGGGCGCAGUCUUCCAGCGGGCCCCUGGACGAGCUGUCCAUGUAUGCCCUGGCGAGGGACAGUGUGACAGAGAACACGUACAGUCCCGAACAUGAGGCGGCCGCAGACUUCCUUCAGGUGCAUAACUGUUUCCCCAAUGAUUUAAAGGACGGGGUGAACCGCAGGACCACGCCAGUGUGAGGCGACGGAGGGAGUUGACAAAACAGGCUGACCUGUGGGAGCCUGUGAGCGUGCCAUAACCUGCCAUUUCCAGAGAGACUGUCCUUUUCCCGGAUUGCGAGAUGAGAUGGACGGUCACUUCUUCUUUCGUAUAUCCGCUUGUAGAGGUCAUGAAUGCUGCUGAGCAGAGUCGUGUGCACCGUAGCCAACGUGAAAUCAGUGUUAGCUUCAUCCAGCGGCACCCAGAUGCUGUUCAUCACACAGUGCUGAGGUGUGCCAUUCAGCGGUAUUCCACCUUUAACUUAUUGAAUAAGGUGCUACAUUCUAAUACAAAGUGUUCUAUUUGUGUGUGUGAUGUUGCUUAGAAGUGGGGGGCGGGGGCUCACUCCAGAGUCCACAUUUCCAUCAAAGGGUCCAGUUCAGAUCAUCUCACUAUGGUAUGGAAUGGCAAUAGCCGAAUCAUGUGACGUCAUUGCAGCGUGACACUGACGAAUUUGACACGACACAGGACAACAGUGGUUCACGAUAGAUGGGCAUUGAGUGGAAAGUGAUCCCACGCCAUCUGCAAGUCAGCUAUGUGAACCACUAUGCUACCUAACAAUGCAUACUGAACUGAAAUGUUAAACCAUUUGUAGCAUAGUGGUUCACAUAGCUGACUUUUAUGCAGCUGGCUUGUAUACCCUUUUUAUCCUGUUCAUUCAUGGUCGUAUUGGUCGAUUGUGACAGGACACUGAGGGGGUUUGAUCCCACGCCAGCUGAAAGUCACCAAUAUGAACCACUACACUCCCAAUGAACCAAAAAUACUACAGUCCAGAUACAUUGUUGUACCCUUCGUAUCUUUAAGAAGAUGUUUACUGAACUGAAGUGUGUGCCAUUGGUAGCAUAGUGGUUCACAUAGAUGACUUGUGCAACUGGCUUCUGUAACAUUUAUCCAGUUCAGACUCAUGGUCGUAGCUGGACUGGCCGCCAGUCCAUCACAUGUCGAUUGUGAAAGGGACGUUGUCAAUUGGGAAAGUCAGCUAUGUGAACCGCUACGCUACCAAUGACCCCAAAAGUUCAGUAUGAACAGUCGUCCCUCGCAAUGUCGCAGUUCGAUUACCGCUCCCUCGCCAUAUCGCGUUCAGAAAUUAAAUUAUUGCUGUUUUGCGGUAGUCUUUGGUCUAUUUUUAGUCGAAACAUAUUGAAAUACAAGUGAUAUGUAGUAUUGAUUAGACAUUACCUUACAUUGCAUUACCUUAACACUGCAGGACGUCAUGAAGUCAGCCAUGGCAUGUCUAACAUGAUAGAGUGGGGGAAAAAAAGGUUCUCCUCCCAUUCCGUGUGGAAGUGGUAAGUUUUUGGCUUCAAAGAGGGUCAUUGACAUGAUUUAUCAACUUUGCUUAAAUAUGUUCUGUAUAGUUUUUGAAUUAUGUUCUACGUUGUUCGUUUUUUGAAAGUGAACGGUAAAUUUGUAAAAAUUACAUUUAUAGUACAUGGCAGCAGCCAUGAUGGCCUGAACGCUUUAGAAAAUGGGUGUUUCCCAAGUGACGUCGACAAAGGCGCAGCUCUCAGCUCAGCAGCGUAAACAAACAUGAUAGGAUGGAAAGAAGAUGUUUACAGUGAUUAUAGCAAAGAUCUGAGCGAUGUGUCAAUUGUUUUCGAGGAGGAAGAAACAUCUGGAGAUGAAAUAAAGAGCUUGCAGAACAGGGAAUUCAGCCGUAUUUAUUCGAACCACCCACGAUGAAACUAGCAUGUCUGAUGCGGAGGUGUCCGAUGACAAAGACUGGCAAUGUUACAAAAUUUGUAAAAUCAAGUCUGUGAUUAAUUCUAUCAGAUAACAUUGAGUCAAGACAAAAGCUGUGAUCGACCCACGGACAACCGUACUACAAAAUAUGCAAUAACUUCUAAAGUCUAAGGCAGGGGUCACCAACUUAGCCCCCCACGACCACAUGAGGUGCCCGCAAGCCUGCUUUUCAUUCAGGUUUUCAGUUAAUAAUGAAAGAACAGCAAAAAGAAAUGCAUUCUGAAAUACAAAAUGUGAGUUGUGGACACCAGCAUUUUGUUAAUGUUCUGGUAAAACAAGCAUAUCCGCUUUGUUUGGGUUUAAAAUAAGCUCUGAAAAUAAAUGUUACAAAAAUGAGUAGCUCUUGGCCAUUUUCAUCUUGUAAAAGUAGCUCUCACAAGGAAAAACGUUGGUGACCCCUGGUCUAAGGAGUAGCCAUUUACAUGUUUUUGCUAAUCAAAGGGUCCGGGGAAGAAAGUCAAAUUUUUCAUGUAUCUACAGUACCUCACACUACAGUGCAGCAGUACGCUGUGUAUUGUAAACGCGACAUGUUGUAUUUCCUGGCAAAAAAACAACGAAAACGGCCAAUUCAAUUUGAAUGAAACUUCAUCUGCAGAUGGACAUUAAAGUGAAUUAAUCUUCCCUAUACCUUUUAACUUCUUCCAUAGCUCCGGCUUUAAUUUGUACCUAAUUUUUCCAAGCACGAAUUGACUUGAUGUGGUCCAACACUCAAUAUUAAUCCGAUACGAAAUUGAAGAUGAAGAAGUAAACUACCUAACAAACAUGUAUUCGAAUGAAAAUACACCCGAUAUCAUAUGAAAAAAUAUAUAUAUAUUUUUAAGGACGUUCACACGGACUCUCCUUUUGUAACAUUGCUAGAAAGACACGGGGAUGAAGAUUGGUCGGCUUCAAACACAGAAUGGUAAGUGUGAAUUACUUUGGAAUUGCUUAUUGUUUUAAAUUGGCUUCUUAAUGAGUCUAAAGGGGUGUUCAGAGCCUUUUUUAUUGUGGGCCGCCCCGCGCCCCCACCGGCAACAUAUCGCUGUGAAAGUAUGUUUUAUACCAUGUGUAAUGCUUUACAAUACAAUAUGUAAAUAAGACAUGACUUACUCUGUUCUGUUGCAAUUUUGACGCCGUCCUCCUCCGUUUUUCUCAUGUAGUAUGGAAAAAGGAUGCUAGAGCAUCCAAAAUGCAUUCAUACCAUAUUUUCAAGCCAAAUGCUUCUUGUAAAGGUCUUCAUAGCAGUCCUCCCUGAAACGAGCAUUGCAAAGAUCAGAACACAAGGCGGUGGUCCAUUUGUCUGUUGUUCUCUGUGUUUUACUAUUUUGAUGAAAUAUAUAACGAACAAAGUCGACGAGCUACCUCUAGAAGGUUUUGUUAUAGGCGUUCGCUGAGAGCUGCGCUUUUGGCGACGUCACACAUCCUGGCUCCCGUCACGUACUAGAAAUGUAAUUUUUACAAAUUUACUGUUCACUUUCAAAAAACUAACAACGUAGAACAUAAUUACAAACAAUAAGCAAAACUGAUAAAUCUUGUCAGUGACCCUUUAAGUUUAGAAGAAAUGAAUGUGAGGCUAACUGGUUAGCUCGCUAGCUAGCGGGCGUUUCGAGUCCCUGCAGCAUAAGAGUUGCACAAUGUGAAGUAAACAAUGAAUAAUAGGAGUGUAAAAGUGACUAGGUGUGUUAUUUCAUGUCUACAGGGCUCUAAUAAUGUUUAAAAACAUUUAGAAAGUCAUAAACAGGUUUUCUAUGCUCUAACUACAAAACAAUUCCAUUUAUUAACACUGAAUCCUGUAUCGCGGAAAUUCAUUUAUCGCGGUCUGGUCUGGAACCGCUAUAAACGAGGGACAGCUGUUAUUGUGUACGAAACUGAACUGUGGGUCAUUGCUCGCUUAGAGGUUGACGUAGCUGACUUUUGUGAAGCUGGUGUGGUCAAUUCUCACACAAUAGCCUCAUAAAUGGCACAGUAUGAAUCACUUUUUCACACCCUUCACAACUUCAACAAGAGAUUGUGCACUGAACUGGGGCCUGUGGGUGGGGUAGUGGUUCACAUAGCUGUCUUUUAUGUAGUUUGCAUGGGAUUAAUUCCCUGCAAGGACCAAUCGAUGUAUUUAUACCCUCCAAAACGUUUAGGCACUGUAUUGAAUUUACCUGAACUGGCAGCCAUUAGUGGUAUAUUGCAUUUCUGACUUUUAUGUCUUUAGUUGUUCACCCAGAGUCAGCUGGGAUAGGCUCCAGCCUUGACCUUAAACAAGAAAAGCACUACUUGGUGGAAACUGGCCUACCAACUGGACUACUGUAUUCCUUCCCGCCUACAGUCACAGCAUGGAAGUCCUUCCUAAAAGCUGCUGUAUGUCAGAGAAAGCAGCUGCCUCGAGGGCGCCGACAUCCUGAAAGCAUUAUAUCCUGCCUCUUCCUGCUUUGAGUAUGCAAAGUACAUCCUACCUAACACACGCACGCGCCCUUAGUUAUGUUUGCUGUCAGCUAAUGAUAGUAAUUUGGCAAAGUUUAGCUACUAACGUUAGCUAUCAUUGAAUGGAUAACAACAUCACUGCAAAUGACUGCAUUGUUAAUUGCCUCUCCGAGACUGCUUUCGGGUGUUAACGUGCUGCGGACAUGUACGUGAAUACCAGACAGCGGUGAGUGGCCGAUCAUCUUAUUCAGGCCUAACAACAAUGUACGUCAAUUUUAAUGCAGUUGAACUCAUAACUGUGAAAAAUACAGAUUUUUCGCCACAGCGAGUCAGUCACAAGAGUGGUUUUGGCUUAUGACAGAAAAUGCCUGUUCAGUUUGUCUACUUCCAUAUCACUCCACCUUUCAUAGAGUGGCUGAGGCCAUGAUAUAAUAUACAAUAAUAAAUAUAAAACAUUGAUGUGAAUUAUAUUUAAAAUGUCAUAUUAAAAUGUAUAUUGAUUUAAUGAAGUAUCUGUAUUUAUUAGUAAAAAAAUCAAAUAUGAUUUAAUGGUAUAAACUAGAGAAGCACUGGAGAGCGCAGACCUCUGCCAAGUGCCAUAGUUUCCCCCAUAUUAUGAUUUACGCCAAAAUAAAAUCCCACAUUUUUUUUGGAGCAGUCUUUUAUAUUUUGUAGAAACUGUUGGAAACUUGUCCUGUAUUUUUUUUUCCAAGUUCUCUGACCAUUUUUUGUUAUAUGCACAAAUGCCGAAAAUGAUCCUGUCUCGCAACUCUUAAAGAAUCCUUUAAAACAUUUCCUGGCUCCAGACGGUGAUCCGGAUCACCCCCAAAAUUUAAUCAGUUCUUCCGUAUCCCAUUUCUGACAAUUCCUGAAAAUUUCAUCCACAUCCAUUCAGAACUUUUCAAGUUAUUUUCAACACAAACAGAUGAACGCUUGGCGGAGGUAAAAAUGCAUUUGUACAAAUAAUGGCUUCCUCUCUAAUGAGCGCCUUACCCCGAAUAGAAGCCUGCCACGCUCUGCAGUUUAGGGCUACCCAUUGAGUGAAAAACCAUUUUUAGUACAUAUAAUACACCUUUUUUAAUCAAUAUACACAAAGUAGUGUUUUGAUAGGAAGUCUUUUAAUCGAUGUCCAUUAAAAAAAAAAAGAAAAGUGAAUGGGGCUGCAAUUAAUUUCUUCUCAUACGCAACUGCUCAUUUUUUUCUUACUUCAUUGCAUUCAGUGUGUCUGAUAAAUUCCGCUUCCCCCAUCCAGCUCAUGUCUAGCAAGAGAAAGCCAUCAGUAUAUAAUCUUUUGUUAUUGCACCGUGGAGGGGGGGGUCGAUUGUAUAGUUGUACAUAAAAUAAAAUGACAUUGAAACAUUAUACUUAAAUAAAUGUGCUAAAAAAAAGACAUGGCCUACUGUCGUGGAUGAUUAAAGAGUUUGUUGUAUCAUGAAAAUGUAGAAAAGAGUAAUUGGGAUUUAGGAAAGCGGUACAUACUGUACAUCUGUCCUGGCUGCUCAGUAAUAAUAGACUGUAUACUUCAUAGUAAGUUGUGUUGAGGGUUGCUAACAGAUUAAUGUGACAAGACGUACCCCCCAGGCACAUGCAGUGAUAACCCUCAGGACGUUUGCCACCAUGCUAUCCAAGCUAAUGGUGAGUACAGUCAAGUCUUGUCGAGUUUUACUGUGCAGCACUUAACCUAUUUGUCUGUUUGUAUGACACCGGAUGGAGCCUAUCCCAGUGCAAUCUGGAGCAAAAACGUGGACCACUCCCCUGAAGUGGUUGGCAGUCAGUUAAGUUUAUCUUAUUCUAUUGAAGUGCUUCACUUAAUUUUACACUUGCUUGGAUGUUAAGAAUGUUGCAACAUGCAACUUUUAUUCCGUCAUCUUUGACAAACGCAGCAGUUCAAGCAGAAAAGCUAAUAAAUACUAAUAACACUAAAUUCCCUCACGAGCCUUUGUCCCCCACAUACUGUACUAAGGUGACACAAGCCUUCUGAAUAGCUGGAUCUAGAAAAGACUUACUGGUUGGGACACUCGUAUGCCAAGGUACCACUGUAUAAAUGACAAUGAAAAAAUACCUGCAGUGCUCCAGCGCCUUCUCUAGCUUCUUCACUUUCUCCAGCUGAGUGCAGCAAGUGCCGUUUGAGACUCAGCGUACUCUGGUGACAAUUCAACUCACAGCGACAGUAGAUAAAAAUAGAUUUUGUCAAAAGAGCUAGGUCUUUGAGGCUAAACUUACCACUCAAAAUAUCAUUUUCUUUGUCCAUUUCUGCUCAAUAUUUGUUCCCACUUGUGGCUCAACAUCAACUGCAACACUGCAGUGUUUUCUCAAACUACGGUGUGAGCCGAGGGUCAAACGGGACAUGCGCAUGUUAAUCAGACGUUAAAAAAAAAAAGCGGCAUAAGAAGGAAUUUCCAAUAUUAACGCCCUUUUUCAGCCUGUAUUUUGUUAAAACCUGUAUUUUGAAGGUUGUAAACAGGUUUUCUAUACGCUAACUACAAAAUAUAUGUGAUAUAUUCAAUAAUAAGGAAUCCUUGCGGAAAUUCGCUCAUCACGGUCUGGUCUGGAACCGAUUAACUGCACUAAACGAGGUGUGACUGUAUUUCCAAUUGGAAAAACUGAAAACUCAGAACUCAUUUUGGCCCAAGACCACCUCAACUGUAAUACAUAGAGCUGGCUCACUUUUUAUUGAUCCACAGCACAUUUUAAAAAUACAACAAACAAAAAAAGUCGACUAAAAAUGUGACAAAAAGCAAAGAGGCGUAACGUAAUGACAAAAAGUAGAAAUCUUGAUGCUAAAACACAUAUAAACAUAUCUGACAUGCAGGCUGGUUUAUUUUAUUUAUAUAUAUAUAUAUAUAUAUAUUUAUAUUUAUAUUUAUAUUUAUUUUGUUUAUUUAUUGAUUUCUUUUUUGAAAUUUGAAACCCUGAAGUAUAUUGAGGUAGCGGGCUGAUUUACAGUCUAGCCAAGCUAACAUACAGUGACAGAAAAAACAGGACAAAAUCAUAUAAAUUAUGUGAAAAUAGUAUUUGAAACAGCAACAACAACAAAAAAGUAAAAUAAUAAAACCGUUACAAUAAAUGAUUACUUAUGAAGAACUACUAUCAGACUGUAAACUUUAUUUACAAUUCACACAUUGCUCCAUUUGUGACUGGUUAUCGUUUCAACAGACCAACGGUUUAGACAAACAUUAGCUCAAACGUCUGAAGUAUCAAAAGUAUCGAUAUUUUGAUUUGAGAAUCGAUUUUAGAGCAUGAAGAGCUUGUAUCGGAAGUAUCGAUAUUUCAGUAUCGAUCUGUACCUCACUGGUUUUUAGCCUUUUUUACAAAAUCAACAUCAAACUGGCCCCCAACAUCUUUCGAUUUCCAGCAUGCGUCACUUGGUGGAAGAAGUGUUCGGACACCCCCUCAUUUCAUUUCGUUAAAAGACCAGUUGUGCAUGUAGGGUUUGACUAAUGAUGUUUUCUCCAUCACACGUUUUAUUUCAUUCCAUUUUUCUUCCAUUUGGCCUCAUUAACGCAGGCAUAUCAUCAGAUUGAUGGACGAAAGCUUUCUCCGAAGCAGGUCAAAGCGACGAGGACAAAGCAAACAAACACAUCGAGUGACCGAUCUGCUUUGUUCUAGCGAGGACUAUUCAUUUAAAAAGAAGCGACCUGCGGGCACAGCUCAUCUAAUUGAGCUUGAGAAAUGUUGCCUGCCAUUAGCAAAUGAAUACCCUCUGAAGGCUGAGCAAUCUAUCCCGCUACGGGUAAAAUUAGCCACCAAUUAAAAUUGUUUUUCAUCGCGGAAUAAAAAGCGGUAACAGCUGUAAUUGAAGUUAAUCGCAGCAGAGUUUAGAUGUGUCAAUCCUGAUUUAAGUGACUUGCUCGCAUGAUUUUUUAGAAAAACAUCAUCCCUCUGCAGAGAACACUUGAUUGGCGGUGACGUGUUACCAUGGCGCCCGCACACAUCCUGCCUUGUUGCUUAGAGACAACGAUGAGGUGUGGGUUUCUGUUUUUUUUUUUGCCUCGCGGCAGUCACACGAUGAGCUGUGAUCAAAAUGAAAGAGAAGGUCAGAGGGUCACGCCGUAAGACGCCCCUGUGCCAAAAGACACCAUUAUUACACACUUAUGAGACAAGCGGCGGCGUUCAGCUGGAGUCUCGUUCUCCGAGGAGGAAAGAAGGGGUUUUGCUGCAAACGCAUCCAGGUGGAACGUGAUAAUGAAACAGGCGCCUCUGGAGACUCGCCAGCGUGCCUCUCUCCGCCUUAAAAGCCUGUGAGGGAGCUGAUUUAAGCUUUGAUGAUCAAUUUCCUGCUUCACUUAGCUGGUAAUGGUGUUUACAGAGAGCACUUUCGCUUUUUAAAUAGUGUGACAUGUUUGUCCGAACGCGGCAGCUGUGAUACACACCUGGUUGUUACACCUACAGGAAAUGAAAAUGGGGGGAAAAAUGAAGUAUAGCUUCCACUCUUUCUAUUGGAGUGCAUCUUUGGGAAUGUUUGUCUAGGUCAGAGGUCACUAUGAAUGUUGGAGUUCAUCCCAAGGGUCCUUAAUGGGGUUGAGAUCCUCCACUAGGGGUGUCCCGAGGCGACAUUGAUAUCGAAUAUCAGGCAGAUAUCAGCAAAAAAUUAGUAUAGGAUUUUAUCGCCCUUUUAUCGCCCUGAUAUCGAUUUUUAUCGCCCGCCCUGCAUUUAAAAUCUCCGAUAUCAGCACUCUAAUACAUGCUGUCCGUUCGCGACUCUGCAGCCGGCGCUAAUUUCGGAUCAGAUUGAUAUUGGUAUCAGCUCAAGACUCCGAUAUCAAUAUUGGAAGUGAAAAAGUAGUAUCGGGACACCCCUAUCCUCCACACCAAACUCAUCCAAACAUGCCUUUAUGGACCUUGCUAUGGUCAUGCUAGAGCAGGCGUGUCCAAAGUGCGACCCCUGGCUUGUUUUUUAUGACACAAUGUAGAAAUAAAAUAAAACAAAAAACAAUGGAAAAAUAGUGCAAAAAGACAAUGUGGAGACGAAAAGUAUCAAAAAAAUGUUGAUACUAAUGUAUACGCAUACACUGCUCAAAAAAAU